AUGCCGUCUUCUAGUAAACGCCGGCGACACCACUCCUCUGAUGAUUCUUCUCCGGACCCCGCUUCUGAUUCCAAGCGACGUAGCCGUAGCCGUCGCUGGGUUCCAGAAAGCGAUUCAGAUGGGCCAUCCAAGCGCAGGAGUAGUAGAAGGAUCACGGAUGAAGAAAUUGCUGAGUACAUGGCUAAGAAGGCUCAGAAAAAGGCUCUGAAAGCGGCUAAGAAAUUGAAGGCGCAGACUGUCUCGGGAUAUUCCAAUGAUUCGAAUCCCUUUGGAGAUUCUAAUCUCAAUGAAAAAUUUGUUUGGAGGAAGAAAAUUGAGCGCGAUGUUUCACAAGGCGUACCUCUUGAUGAGUUCUCCGUGAAAGCAGAGAAGAAGCGGCAGAGAGAACGAAUGGCACUUUUGGCAAGAGAUCGUGCCCGAGCUGAGUUCCAAGACUGGGAGAAGAAAGAGGAAGAGUUUCAUUUUGACCAAAGCAAAGUUAGGUCAGAGAUCCGGUUACGCGAAGGUCGUACCAAGCCGAUUGAUAUACUCACUAAACAUCUAGAUCCUUCAGAUGAUUUUGAAGUAGAGAUAAACGAACCGUACAUGGUGUUUAAGGGUUUGACUGUAAUAGAAAUGGAAGAGCUUCAUGAUGACAUAAAGUUGCACCUUGAUCUAGACAGGGCUACUCCUACGCACAUAAAAUAUUGGGAGGCCCUUCUAGUAGUUUCUGAAUGGGAACUAGCUGAAGCUAGGAAAAAAGAUGCAUCAGAACGUGCCAGGGUGCGUGGGGAGCAAUUACCUCCGGAGAUGAUUGGUCAAGAAAGAGGUUUGCAUUCAAGCGUUGAAGCAGAUGUUAGAAAUCUUUUACAAGGAAAAACUUAUGGUGAACUAGAAACCCUGCAAUCCCAGAUAGAAUCGCAAAUGCGAUCUGGGACUGCCAAGGUUGUCGAAUACUGGGAGGCAAUCCUCAAACGCCUCCACAUAUACAAAGCAAAGGCUUGUUUGAAAGAAAUCCAUGCCAAAAUGCUUCGGACGCGUUUGGAGCGCUUAGAGACUACACAAUCUGAAGUUGGAUCAUAUUCUCCACUGCAGCUGCAUGGUGAUGAAAAUGAAGAAAAUGCAAUUGACCCUGAAGAGGACAAGGCUAUUUUGGAGAGGAGACGCAAUGCUGUAUUAGAAGAGAGACGCAUUCAAGAACUUCCAUUGAGGCCGGCUCAUCCUGAAGAUAACUUUGAGAAAAGUGCUAUGAAAUCCAUGGGAGUCAUGGAGGAAGGUGAUGUUGUAUUUGGUACAAACGAUGAAAUUAAUCUUGAUUCCCAGGUAUAUUGGUGGCACGAUAAAUAUCGGCCAAGAAAGCCCAAGUAUUUCAACCGUGUCCACACGGGGUAUGAGUGGAACAAGUACAACCAAACACAUUAUGAUCACGACAAUCCACCUCCCAAAAUCGUUCAGGGAUACAAGUUCAACAUUUUCUACCCAGAUCUGGUUGACAAGUCCAAAGCUCCCACUUACACCAUUGAGAAGGAUGGGGAUAGUUCAGAGACUUGCAUAAUUAGAUUCCACGCCGGGCCCCCGUAUGAGGACAUCGCUUUCCGCAUUGUGAAUAAAGAAUGGGAGUACUCGCACAAAAAGGGAUUUAAAUGUACAUUUGAGCGUGGGAUAUUACAUGUGUACUUCAACUUCAAACGCCAUCGUUAUCGCCGGUGA